UCUUCUUCCUUUAAGCUCCUUCCCUCCCACUCUUCCUUUUCUUUCCACUCUUGCACAGUCCCUCUCCCUCUCUGUCUUCCCUCCUGCCUCCUGUUGGAGUUGCGUUGUGGUGUCGGAGGUGGCGGCAGUGUUGGUGGGAUGCUGUGCAUGUGCUGGGGGCUUCUCUAAACUGUAAAGGGGGAAGCUGCGUUCGCAUUUAAAAAAGGGGGUUUUCUCCAUUUCCCCGGCGAGAGGCUCAGGCGGCAGGAUUUGUAUCUCUCAGUCUUCGGGAUGAGGCUCUGCGUGAGCGGAAGGGUCAACACAGGUAGAGCACUCAGUAACUCCGCAGGCUGCACUUAGCUGGUCUCCUUUGGGAAAGUAACACAAACGGCAGCUCCCUGUGGUCAACCCCUAUAAACACAUGAGAGGGAAGGAACACAGAGAAACCAUGAAAAAGAUAUACAUUGGCAAAACCGCCUUAAAAGUCCCCCGAAAUGGCGGCAAACAUCCAAAAAAGAGCUCAAUGCUGGAGCAGAAGGAGGACUUGAGGAAGCGGCUCUCGUACACGACACACAAGCUGGAGCUGCUGCAGGGCGAGUUCGACUCCACCCGGCAGUACCUGGAGACGGAGCUGCGGCGGGCCCAGGAGGAGCUGGACAAGUUCACUGAUAAACUGCGCAGGUCCAGUUCCCCAGAGCCCAGAUGUUCAGACUCAGAAUCCGAUGCAGACGAAGACGCGGGGUUUCCCUCCCAGUUCUGCAGGGACUCGGACACUCUGCCGGAGGACAGCGUCGCGAGGCGUUCGGCGAGGAAGAAGCUCAUCAUGGCCGCCGUCGUCAGCCUCUUCUUCAUGACCGGGGAGGUGGUCGGUGGAUACUUCGCUCAGAGUCUGGCCAUCAUGACGGACGCAGCUCACCUGCUGACGGACGUCUGCAGCAUCUCCAUCAGCUGCUUCUCUCUGUGGCUCUCCUCCAGACCAAAGACUGACUCCAUGACCUUCGGAUGGCAUCGACAUACGAUUGUCAGAUCGAGUCUGCAUUUGUUCUUGCAUCACAGCUGCUUCAUUUGCAACCUUAACAAAUACAAGACAAGAAAACAGCUGCCGGCUGACUUCCAGGAGCGCCUCACCAUGCACCUGGAGGAGUCUCCUCUCUGCUGCACCUACUCUGACUCCGUCGCGGCCUCUCUGAUCGGCAAGGUGCUCGAGAAGCCGGACGAGGCCUGCAGCAGCAGCCAGGCCUCCCGCUCCCCCAGCCCCCAGACUCAGGAACACACUUUCGUUUUGGAGAGUUUGGGCCCCGGAGAGCGGCUCAGGCUCCGCGCGGCCUACAAGUCGGACCUGUACAGCAGCGACACGGCGCUCUACUGCCCUGAAGACCGGCAGCGCGAGAGGAGGCCCAGCAUGGACGUCCAUGGUGAGAGGGCGCUGCUCUACGGGCCCCAAAUCUCCACCGACAGCAACCCGGAGGAGGGGUCAGUGGGUCUGAGGGCUGGCUUCUCCCAGGAGCACUUUGCUAAGUUCCCCGCCCCGCUGAGGGCAGGCUCCAGCUCCUACUCCAGCUUCAGCGGGGGGGGCUCUGAAGACAAAGGCAACGGGCCGCCCAGCAGCGCAGCGUCCUCCCCCAGACACCACUCCCUCUUCAUGGAGUGGAGGGAUGCAGGGGACUAUGAGAGAAAGAGUGACUCUUCCUGGGAGAGGGACAGUCCGAGGGGCUUCCCCAGCACUCACCCCUUCCAGCAAGCGGAGCUGAGCCACCACCAGAACGGCAGCUCGCCCGUCUACAGCCGCACCAUGUCCUCCUGCUUCAGUGAGCCCUACGAGCCGCUGCCGCCCUCUUCGUCCCCGAGCGUGGCCUACGGAGACAGUCGACGUGGCAGCACAUUGGCCCCCGAGGAAGAGGAGCUGAUUGGGCGAUGGAGACAGCUGAGCGUAGAGGACCUGAGCGCCCAAAGCUACCGCAGCCCAGGCCGGGCUUCACCCUACAGCUUCUCAGAGCAGCACUUCUCCGUCAGGCCGUCUAAGAUCCGCCUCGGCCCGCUCUACAGCAGCUUCCAGGAGGGGGGUGACUUUUACCCUCAAGAGGGCGUGGACCCUGUGUGGGUAGCUGCCAUCCCCAGCCCAGAGUGCAGCCCGGGGCCGAGCCAAGCCCACCUGUACAGGGCGGAGGACAGCCACGGGUCGGAGCACAGCCUCUACCACUCAGGGAGCUCCAAGGAGAGGGAUGGGAACGUGGCAGCGGGCGGCCAGAGCGCAGACUAUGUGGACCCCAGCCCCAACAGCUCCACCGAGUCCCUGAACCAGAGGACCCUGGAGAUGGCCACAGAGCUGCAGCACUACCAGGUGGAGAUGCACAGCCUGCCUGCACAGGGCAGCGGGUCACCACCGGCAGGCCCACCUCCUCCGCCUCCCUACAACCAAACAUUUGGCUCCCUAGGACUUUCCAGGAAAGACAGUCUGACCAAGGCACAGCUCUAUGGGACACUUCUGAACUGAAGGACUGAACAAUCAGGUUUAUUCUUUCAUCAGACGACGCCCUGGUGUGUCCCGCUACACCUUCUGUUAGCACCACCAUUUGGUAGAAAAUGGUUUGAAUAGCAGCCAGGGGGAAUCACUCAGCAUCAUGAACAUGUAUCUGUUGCUGAUUAUUGAAAAGCUUUGAACGUACGGCAGUGAGUGGCAACAGUUUACACUACGAGAAAGUCACGAUGAUAGUUGGAUGUGGGGCAAAAAGGAGGCGAGGAUCUCAAGCUGAAAGGCCCCUUACAAUUUAUAAGAAUGUGUAUGUAUUUAAAUUACAAAUGUAUAAAUAUAAACUAAUAUCUACCAAUUCAGUGAUAUAUUUUGUAUGUAGCUGUUGGCAAGAAAUACAUCUAAAACAAUCAGAUAACAAUUCAAAUCUUAAAUACACCUGGAACUUGUAUAUAAAUGGUAAAACUGUCGAUUCGAACACUGAGAGAGGAGUUAUAAUUUAGAUGUGACGCCCGUAUAAAGUGCACAUGAAUCCAGUCAUUAUUUUUAAUGGACAGUGUUGGCCCUGUGAGGAUUUAAAUGUGAAUGUUGAACAAAGGGAGACGACAAAAAUCAAUUAAUCACUUAAAUGAGAAACAUACAUUUUGUUUUUCUUCUGUUCAUUGAAUUUGACAGUAUCGGUGGGUGUGUUAAUUGUAUCGAUGGAACGUUUUGAGAUCUGUUUUAGCAGUCGGUAUAUUUUACAUUUUUGCUCUUCUAUAUCCCACAGAGAGGUCCUGCCCCCAUUCUACCUCAGAUUUGGAUGCCCACACCCCAUCAAGCCACUGUAACCCUGUUCCUUUGACGGCAAUGCAUGUUUAUAUAUUUUUGGUUGUUUUGUUCACCUAAUAAAGCACACAUUAUACAUA